AUGACGCGGUUCCUCCUGCCCUUCACCGCCCUCGCCACCCUCGCGCCUCUGGUGAGCGCGGGGAUCAAAUUCACAAGCCCACCGGCCGGCGCCAAGCUGACGGCGGGCACGGCGAUCGAGAUUGAAUGGGAGGAGGGCGGCACGGGGCCCAGCAUCAGCGACCUGACGACCUACCAGGUCAUUCUGGUCGGUGGCGGACAGAAGCCCGAGCAGCAGCAGGUCGUCAAGGUCCUCACCACAGCCGGCAACUUUGCCCUCGGCGGCAACAAGGCUUCUGCCAUGGUCGAGACGGGACUGCCUGGCGCGAGCACGCCAGCUAAUGCCUACUUCAUCAAAAUGGUCGCCGUGGGCAAGACGGGCGGUGAACUCACCACCUACUCCGACCGCUUCUCCUACUCUGGCAUGACGGGCGCAUGGGGAGACGCAGUGCUACAGGGACUCGACGACCUCGAUGGCACCGACGGGCCUGCGACUGUAGACGGCACCACGGAUGCUGCAGGUGAUGGAGCAGGUGCAGAUGGCGACUACGACGUCGCCUACACAAUGCAGACCGGCCCUACCCGCUACGCGCCCAUGCAGCCAAUACCGCCCACCAAGGUCACCGCCACGGACACAAGCCCCUUGUACCCCACCAGCAGCGUCAAGAUCGCCACCACCGCCCUGCCAAUCCCGAGCAUACAGACGACAAUCACCCAGAGUCAGACCUUCUCCGUCAGCAGCGUCGAGAAUACGGUCGCUGCUGCCCCCAACCCUACCGAUGACAUGCAGAAGUUCCUCAACAGGUGGAAGGACUAG